AUGGCCUCUGCUAAAAUCGUUCAGUUGCAAUCCCUAACACCCGAUCUCCACGAGCGUGCCUGGGUAUCGAUACCGCAUCCGAGUCUCCCUCUAAUUGCAACCGCGCAUGGAAAGAAUGUCACCGUCUUCUCCCUGUCCACACUUUCUUUGCACAGCGUUUUAGCCGAUGGCCAUUCACGGUCCGUCCGAAGCGUGUCGUGGAAACCCAACCUGCCGCCGCAUAAUCUAUGCCUCAUCACAGGCAGUUUCGAUUCUUCCGCUGGCGUGUGGCGCUGGGUCAACGGAGGUGACGAGGGCGACAAUGAUUCUGCCGAUGGCCUUGGCAGGGAUAUGACGAGAGGGCUGGUACAUGAAGAUUCUGCCAAGACUGGCGACUGGGACUAUAACCUUGUGCUUGAGGGCCAUGACUCGGAAGUCAAAGGCUGCGCCUUUUCUCCCUCCGGCGCCUACCUCGCAACUUGCUCGCGUGACAAGUCUAUUUGGAUUUGGGAGGAUAUAGCCAGUGCUGAGUCUGAGGAUGACUGGGAAACCAUUGCGGUUCUCAACGAACACGAGGGAGAUGUAAAAGCUGUAGCCUGGUGUCCCGAUGUACCCGGGCGCAACAAUGUUGGACAGCGCUAUUACAGUGUCGACGUACUCGCCAGCGCCAGUUAUGAUAAUACAGCACGCAUCUGGCGCGAGGACUCUGACGGAGAGUGGGUUUGCGUCGCUGUCCUACAGGGACACCAGGGAACGGUUUGGGGAGUAGAAUGGGAGCCACGGCCAAAGAAUGAUGCAUUUCCUAGACUCAUGACGUUUUCGGCCGAUGGAACGAUCCGCGUGUGGACGCUUGAGCAAGGGAAGGACGGCACCGAUGCAGAUGGUUCAACAAUACCCCAAGAUCGGCUGGGUGGCAUACCAAGCACAAUGAGAAGGUCUUUUAGAGAACAGUGGAAUUGCACAGCCGUGCUGCCCAAAGUACACGACAAGGACGUAUAUUCGGUUACAUGGAGCGCUGAAUCUGGCCUUGUAGCCAGCACCGGAAGUGAUGGAAUCGUUGCUUUGUACAAAGAAGACAACGACGUUGUCUCAAACUUCCAGUCUACCCCCGAAGAUAAUGCGCCUAAUGACUCGAAUAACGAUUCCACUGCCAGUGGUCCACAGUGGCAGCUUUCGACCACGGUUCCCAAUGCCCACGGGCCGUACGAGAUUAACCAUAUCACCUGGUGUCGGAGACACGAUGCGGGUUCGACAAGAAGAGGAGAAGAGGAAAUGCUAGUCACCACAGGCGACGACGGAGUAGUCCAAUCAUGGCAAGUGGAAGUGAAAUCUCCAUAA